AGAAGAUCUCUUUCUUCCAGAGUCAAGUCAACCCCCUCGAGGCUCUGCAUCCCGGCAUACUCCACAAAUGAUUCAUUUAAACCGCAGUACCCCAGCCUCACCUUUGCUGAUGACAACUCAAGGACUCAGGGAUGGAAGGUCAUGGGGACCCUGCUGGGCCUUGGUGCAGUGCUAGCCUAUCAUGACCAUCGUUGCAGGGCUGCUCAGGAGUCGCCAAGGAUAUACAGCAAAGAGGAUGUGAGGGCCCACAACAGCCCUGAAACUGGAGUCUGGGUAACUCUAGGCUCUGAGGUCUUUGAUGUCACAAAAUUUGUGGAACUGCAUCCAGGAGGACCAUCAAAACUGAUUCUAGCAGCUGGAGGCCCCCUAGAACCCUUCUGGGCCCUCUAUGCUGUUCACAACCAGCCUCAUGUACGUGAGUUACUGGCUGAGUAUAAGAUCGGGGAACUGAACCCUGAAGAUAAUGUGUCUCCCACUUUGGAGGCCUCUGACCCUUAUGCUGAUGAUCCUAUCCGUCAUCCAGCUCUGAGGAUUAAUAGCCAGCGUCCCUUUAAUGCGGAACCUCCCCCUGAACUGCUAACAGAAAACUACAUCACACCAAACCCUAUUUUCUUCACCCGGAACCAUCUGCCUGUACCUAACCUUGACCCAGAAACCUAUCGCUUGCAUAUAGUAGGGGCACCUGGAGGUCAGUCGCUGUCCCUGUCCUUGGAUGAUUUGUGUAAGUUUCCCAAACAUGAGGUCACUGUCACUCUACAGUGUGCUGGCAACCGUCGCUCUGAGAUGAGUAAGGUCAAGGAAGUGAAAGGUCUGGAGUGGCGGACAGGAGCCAUCAGCACGGCCCGCUGGGCUGGGGCACGACUCUGUGAUGUGUUAGCCGAGGCUGGACACCAGCUGGGUAAAACUGAGGCUCAUGUCUGUUUCGAGGGGCUGGACUCAGACCCCACUGGGGCUGCCUAUGGGGCAUCGAUCCCUCUGGCUCGGGCCAUGGAUCCUGAAGCCGAGGUCCUCCUGGCGUAUGAAAUGAAUGGUCAGCCUCUGCCUCGGGACCACGGUUUCCCAGUGCGGGUGGUGGUCCCCGGUGUGGUAGGUGCCCGCCAUGUCAAAUGGCUGGGCAGAGUGAGUGUGGAGUCAGAGGAGAGCCCCAGUCACUGGCAGAGACGGGACUACAAAGGCUUCUCCCCGUCUGUGGACUGGGACACGGUAGACUUCGAUCUAGCUCCAUCAAUUCAGGAACUGCCUGUCCAGUCAGCUAUCACAGCACCUCACGAUGGGGCAACCGUAGAGUCAGGAGAGGUGACCAUCAAGGGCUACGCAUGGAGCGGAGGUGGCAGGGCUGUGAUUCGAGUGGAUGUAUCUAUAGAUGGUGGACUAACCUGGCAGGAAGCUGAGCUACAGGGAGAGGAACAAUGUCCCAGGAAGGCCUGGGCUUGGCGACUAUGGCAGUUGAAAGCUCAGGUGCCCGAUAAGCUAAAGGAAUUGAACAUCGUCUGUAAAGCCGUGGACAACAGUUACAACGUGCAGCCAGACACCGUAGCCCCCAUCUGGAACCUGCGCGGCGUUCUCAGCAACGCCUGGCACCGUGUCCAUGUUCAAGUAGUGCCAUGAAAACAUGGAACUGAGCCAAGCCGUGCGUCCCCAAGGACCACCUAAGUUCCUCUCCAUCCCGCCCUUAGUCCUCAUUGCCGUAGAAAAGCAUUUCCUUCCUCUUCUUGGGUCAUACCCCUCUCUUUACUGUGUCUUAAGAUGUGCUGAGCGAGCACGCGCGCGCGCGCGCACACACACACACACACACACACACACACACACACACA